AUGGCAGAGAACACAUUGGUUGUAACAAGAAUAAAUAAAAGCCUUGGUAGAAAACAAUCUAAAAUUAUGACAGUUGAGUUAAAAGAAGAAUCAAAAGGCAUUAAGCAAAUACUCAAAAAAUGCUAUCUUUGGCCUGAUGGAGGAGUAAACCUAAUAUGUAAAUGUUGUUCUGAAAAAAUUAAAGAUGAUUGA